GUAGACAUACAAAUAAAAUAAAAGCAAAAAACAAGUGUCUCUCUCCAAUAUAUAUCCUACUUUUAUCCAUUUAAAAUGUGAAGAAUCAACAAAUUAAAAUUCCUUAACCUAACAAACAAGAAAGUACUCUGCAGCUAGCAAUGGAAGGACUAAGCAUGAAGGAGCCAUGCUUUUGUGACAGACCGACAAGUUCAAGCAUCUUCUCUUCUUCUGCUCCUCCACCAGAGGCUCCCCCAAGUCCAAGUACCCCACUUCAGCAUCCACAUGAAAAGAAGAAACAGCUAUGUGUUGAGGAAUUAGAAGAGGAAUUAGAAAAUAAGGAGCCAAAAAAGCAGCAUGUUAGUGUUACCCUUUUGGAUCUGAAUAUUAUCUCAGGUGGUGAAGAUGAAUCAUGCACUCUAGAAGAAGGACCAGAACUCAACCUUAUCACUUGUUUGGAUGCGGGGUCAUCAUCCGAUAAUGCAAAUUCUUCAUCAGAAACAACAACAACAACAACAACAAACCCUCUUGGUAAUUCUGAUGCUACUGAGCCUAGAGUGUUCUCUUGCAACUACUGCCACAGAAAGUUCUACAGUUCACAAGCACUAGGUGGCCACCAAAAUGCACACAAGAGAGAGAGGUCAAUUGCAAAGAGAGGACACAGGUUUGGAUCUCAGAUUAUGGCCUUUGGCCUUCCCCUUUUGCAUCAUAACAACAACAACAACAACAACAAUCGUUUUGCAAGCAUGGCUUCUCUACCUCUUUAUCAUAGCAAUAGAGGAACUCUUGGAAUUCAGGCACACUCCUUGAUCCAGAAGCCUUCUUCUUCUUCUCAUCAUCAUCAUGUGAAUGGUUUUGGAGGCUCUUAUGCACACCAUCAUGGUUGGUCAAGGCCAAUCAUUGAUCAACAACCCGGAAUAGCAAAGCUUGCUGUGCCAGAUUUUCAUCACAGAACAAAAUCAGCAUUAUCAGCAUCACAAAGCAGUGUUGGUAGGUUUGAAAUAAUAGUUAAUAGUAGUAAUACCAUGUUGAAUUCUGCAGCCAGUAAUAAAGAAAUCGGUGGAUGUGUGGCUAGUGGUGGAACUUGUUUGAAGACUACUACUAAUCAAGAAGAAAUGAAGCACCUUGAUUUGUCCCUCAAGCUCUGAAGUCUGAACCAAAGCCGCGAUUUCAGCUCGAACCGUCAAGGUUUUUGGACUCUCAGAGACCACAUCGUGAUCACAAUUGUGACUGCAAUUUCCCACGAUGUCAAGGAUCGCGAUGAAACUGCAUGACCGCAACUCUUAACAUUAGAUGGUCUUGGCCUUAUUUAUAUAGUCUUUGCAUCGAUGAUAUGAGUAAUUGUAGAUUAAUUAGUAUAGUUAAGAUUUUGCCAAACUUAUUUUUCCCAGUGUGAAAUAACAUUUGUGUAAAUUUGAUUAUGGGAGGAUCCAAGUUCUUUAAUUUUCUUGUAAAUGACUACUUCAGAAUCAUUCAACUCCUGUUAGGUCGGGUGCUUUAUUGAGUUGAAAUCUUAAAGUUGUUGAUGAGUCCUUUUCUUCCUCAUAUCACUUUUUCCCCUAUUCUGUCAAUAGAUACAAGUAAAUCUAAUGAAGGGUUUCGUUUCGAGCUCCAAAAACUCUUGUCGACCAAUCUCAAGACUGAAUUAGAAUGUGUCACGGUUAUUUCCA